AUGCUGCGCCUCGGCUGCAACAGGACUCUCGGUGCCAUUCUGCGUCGACAGUCUGACGUCGCGCGCUGGGCCUCGACCUCAGCAGCUCCCUCUCACCAACCAAAUGCGCCGCUUGACCUUGACCCGGCGUUUCAAGCAUUGCUUAGGGACGUGGAGAUGUCUCUGACCAAUAAAGUCAAGUACGAAGCCUCAAACGUUCCUCGGGAACUGGAAGUGUACCCCCAUGAUCCCGACGCGGCGGAGGAUUACUUGACACCCGCGGAGCUCGACGCACAAGACGAGGGUAUUGGCGGUCAAGAACGGAGGAAGUCUCCCGCGGCAUUUUUCGGGAGCCAAAGAACUGGCGCUGUUGUGCUUCCUUUUGAGAUGCAGUCUACCAUCGGCCGCAUGGUCGCGGCUUCGGAUAAGCCCCAGCUGCAUCGUGACGCCAAGAGGCUGUUCUUCGACGACAGCAGUCCGCGCACCGAGUGGGACUCCGCUUACGACGUGAAAUACAAGUCCGGGAAAGAAGCUGGCAAACAUUCACUGCGGGACGCUACCGCGUUCGCGACCGUUGCGCUUCCUUCCCACUACUCUGCCAUAUAUGCCGUACUCGAUCAUGUCAAACUGCGUCUUGGCCCUGAAUGGCAGGUACGGCGCGUGAUCGACUGGGGCGCUGCCACGGGAAGUGCACUUUGGGCGUCAGGACACGUGUUUCAGGGCCGUGCUGGCGAGCGGGGCCCCGCCGACAUGUCUGGUUUUGAGAUGGCGCAGUCGAGCCUCGACAGCUACCUUGGCAUUGACAAGCGUGAGGGCCUCGUGCGCAUCGGAAAGCGUCUCAUCAAGGAUGUCGAGAUGGGUAGUCUUGACGUAGCUUGGCGAAGGGCGUUCCACGAGGACAACGUCUUAACCCGAGCAGAUGGCUCCGACGUCCUAGCGGUAUCUGCAUUUUUGCUCUCUUCGAUCCCCACGCCGGUAGAGCGGAAGGCGCUUGUAACAGAAAUGUGGGAGAGCGGGGCAGAAGUCAUGGUUCUCAUCGACCACGAUUUCGAGGCUGUCGCAGAAGCUAGAGAACAAUUCCUCAGGCUGGGCAGGAAGGAACUAGAAGAUCCGUUGACCUCCGACCUGUCCAUUAGGGGCUCCCAUGUCGUCGCGCCGUGUCCACAUGACGGCGCAUGCCCGCUAUAUCAGCCGGGAGCCAGCAAGCUGGUUUGCAGCUUCUCUCAGCGUCUACAGCGUCCAGAGUUCGUCCGCAAGACGAAGCACUCCGGCACGGGUCAUGAGAACACGGAUUAUUCGUACGUUGUGAUACGUAGGGGACCUCGCCCGGCGCCGGCCACCACGAAAGUGGGGCGAGUUGGGGACGUCGCCAGACGCGACAUCGCCAAGCAGGUUGACGCGUCGGUAACCCACCUUUCGAUCGACGGAGAACACCGGGCCUCACCCGUUGCGGACGGCAGCCAAGAUGUCGCGGAAGAAGAUGUUCUGGGCCAUGAGGAGACGGCACUCACUACGUCCGAUGUGUAUGCAGCCUUGAGGCAGGAGGCUUACGGCUGGCCCCGUCUAGUCUUCCCUCCGCUCAAACGCAGCGGUCACAUUAUCAUUGACGGCUGCACGGCGGAAGGUCAAAUUAUGCGUAUGACCAUCCCGAAGUCGCAGGGUAAGCAGCCAUUCUACGAUGCUCGCAAGUCCGAAUGGGGGGACUUGUUCCCUCAUGAGCCCAAGAACAAGCCGCAAGUACGAAAAGUGCUUCGCCCGGGACAAACCACAGGGGAGGGGCAAGACAUCGGCAAACGGAAACGCAGGGGUCCCAAAAGCACUACUGCCAACUAUUCUGAGAUGUCGGAGGACAUCAGGGAAGAGCGGCGGGGUCAACGAAGAUCACAGCGACUGGCGGAGGACCAUGGAGGCCACUAGACCACCGUUCAUGUGCUUUUGAAUCGUCGCUUUCAUAUUGCUCUACUCGCUUUCACACCGUAGUUGUAGUACCCUUACCUUAAUGAUCCACACUACUCUUAUAAGGACA